AUGUCUUUGAGUAAGCCGCUGUCCUUGAACUUCAAGGAUGUUGGCAAGUCAUCUCUACCGUGCCCACCACAAAGAGAAGCUCAAAGCAAGACUGGUCUAGCGUAUCUCCCCUAUGAGAUCUUUCUUGAGGUCAUUGACGAGCUCAUCAACUCGGUCAGAUUCUCGGAAUUGCCGGCGGCCUGGAUACUUGGAUAUCAGUAUAAGGUUCCAUCGAGGAUUGUCGUCCGGAAGAUAGACUCUGAAGGGAACCCACAAUAUUGGCCAGAUUUGCCAUUAUCUCGGUUCCUUCACACACGCCUCCCCUCACAGAUUAACUGCCAAACCCGUGCCAUGGUUCCCGACAAAAUCGUGGGCCCCUCCGAGCCAACGAUACGUUUCAGGCAGGCUCUCACGCAUCCUAACCCUCAAUGCGUCCCCUUGCUCAACUCUAUCCAGCGCUUCUUCGUCCCCCUGGGAUAUUUCUUCAGCAAGGAGAAUACCAAAGCUGUGGAAGCCAUCGCAACUAUCCCGAAUCUUAAAGCUAUCCAUAUGAGCGUUGGAACUGUUCUUCCCGAGCUUAGAGGACCCAUCAUUCACCGAGGCUUGCAACCCAUCGAUCCGGCCGUCUAUCCUGAUUUUCACAACUGGGUUGCACACCACGGUUCGACCUUUUUGUCCGUAUAUCGGCCACUGGAGGAAAGAGGCGUCAAACUUUACGGAAAGAUCACGGAAAACGGCAUGUUGGCGAUGGAGGUUAUCAGUCUAGAGACGGGGAUCCGGGUGAUAUACCGUGACGCAAAUUGCACAUGCUGCUCGCAGACAUAA